UUAACAAGACUGAUAGUUACGUACAUUUGAUAUACUGUUGACAAUCAAUUUUCCUGUCAACUGCCAUUUUAAGUAAAAAGUGAUUAACAAAGCGUUUUCAAACAACAUGUCUGGGACACCAUUGAUGCCAGUUCCACAGCAACAACCUGCCACAGACACGAGAUCUCCUGUAACCUACCAUACCCACAAUAGAGGGCCUAAGCCCGAGUCCAGUUUGCCUUUUCUUAAAGAGGACCAAUACACUGAUACCAUAUUAGUGGUAGAGGGAAAGAAGUUGUUCAUUAACAGAUGCAUUCUGGGAUACGCUUCGCCUCAUUUCCAAAAACUCCUAGACGCUGCCAAUAAGGCAGCCCUGGCGGAGAAGAAGACCAAGGCGGAGGUGAAAAUCAGUGACAAGAGUUACUCUGACUUUGUUGAGCUUCUGACUUAUCUACAUCCGUCAACCAGCAAAGAAUUAACAGAAAAGGCAGCUAUAAAACUGUUACCUCUUGCAAAUGAGUAUGAAAUGAUUCAACUCAAAGAAAAAUGUGAAAAGGUACUCAUUGGAAGUCUUCGAAAAUCACCUUCAAAUCCUAAAGUCUCCAAAGGACCUCCAGCAUUUAAACACCGGCGGGACAAUGCCCCUGAAAUUCUCCUAAAAUGCAUAAAAUCUGCUGAUGCCGGUUCAUCGAAACCACUCUUGGAAGAGUGUGUUCGAAUUUUCUCCAAUCCUGAAAUACCUCUAAAAGAUCUCAAAGCCAGCACAGAAAUUUCCGACCAAGUGAAGGCACGGAUCUACGAAAACCGGAUGGAUAAUACUUCUAAUAAGAUGUCAAAGUUAGCCAACGAGCUUGAGAAGGAGAGAAACGAAAAGGAAAAACUUCGGUCACAGUUGAACGACCGAUACGCAACCAAUACCAAGAGCCGAAUGAGUCGUCUAACCAGGUUUGGUUCGGAUCCCUCUCUGGAUAAACCAAGUAAUCAGAUAAUGAACCAAGUUCCGCCAACUCACCAUCACCACCACUCACACCGGCCAAGUAACGUGAACAGUCAAGGACGCGAGAAGUUUUCGAGAUUUACUACUGCAAAAUAGCUAUCGUACCAGGGGAAAAUGGAGUUGUUUUGUUAAAAAUAUUAAGGUUAUGGUUAUAUACGAUAUGGAAAUGCAUAUGUAAACUCUUUUGUUUCAUUUUUCAGAAACUGACUCUAUUUCACUUAAUCUGUUAGAUAUAAAGAAAUCGUAAGUAUGCUUUGCUGCUUAGAUAUGCGCCAUUUGUCGUUUUAUACAAUUCUAUACAAAAUUUUGCACACAUUUUUAACAGAGUCACAAUCUUAUAAUAUUCUGCCACUUUGCCUCGCAAUCAUUAUUCAUGUCACAUAUCUGAAUAUGGAUCUAUAAAA